CCCCACAACCCAACUCACACCAAUGUCGUCCUGGUUCCAAUCCCCGGCCCCGGCACCGGUCACCCACCAACCCCGAACCCGACCGCGAACCCGAACCCGUGUUUACGAGACCGUCACGAGCCGCGUGGCCCAGUGCGUGUGCUCCUUCCUCCUCACCCUCCUGCUCAUCGCCGGCGUCAUCGUCUUCGUCCUCUGGCUCAGCCUCCGCCCCCACCGCCCCCGCUUCCACCUCGACGCCUUCUCCGUCCCCGGCCUGGCCCAGCCGGGCGCUCCCCCGGCCUUCCAAUUCAACGUCACGGACCGCAACCCCAACCGCAAGAUUGGCAUCUACUACGACGCCAUGUUCGGCUCCGUUUACUACAACAACCGGCUGGUCGGGUCCGGCCCGGUCCUUUUCCCCUUCUACCAGCCGCCGAAGAACACGACGGUGGUUCAGGGGACGCUGAGACCGGCGGCGCCCGAGGGGGACCCGGUCUGGGCCGGGUUCAUGGCCGACGCAGCACACGGUUCAGUCCAGCUCCGGCUCCAGCUCAACUCGACCAUCCGGUUCAAGGUGGAGACGUGGGACACGCACCACCACCACCUCUACGUCGACUGCGACUUCGUCGCCGGGCCCGACGGGAACCUGCUUCCCCUCUACAAGGGGGAGAGCUGCCCCAUAUAUUUCUAAUUUUAAUAAACCGUGUGUGAAGUUUAUUCUUUUUAAAUUUUAAAUUUUUUCGUUACGUUUUUUUUUUUUUUUCUUUAAUAACUGUUUUUGCAUACAAACGAAUUGGUAUAUAUUCCGUUUCUUCUUUUUUUUUUCUUUUCUUUUCUUUUCUU